AAGAAGUCGCCGCGUGUUGUCGUGUCAUAUUUUCCGGCUCCGGCGGGUGAAAUAGGAAAAAUUAGUGCAAAAAACCCACGAAAUGCGCAAAGUAGCUUGUCUCCUGAGCCUCCUGGCUGCUGUCCUCACCACCCAGGGUGCAACGUAUGUGGAAAUUGAGAAUAAGAACGUGGAUAGGACGAUAGAUGUGAUCUCGCAGCUCGUCAAGAUUUCCUACAAGAUAACUCCGGAAGCAAAGGAUAAGAAGUCCAUUGAGUUCUACACAUUCGUUGUCCCGGAGAAGGAUGCCCCGCAUUUAGCCUACAUUUCCGUCAAGGAUGCCACGAAGAAGGAAUUGAAGUUGAGUGAGUCAAAGACAAAGAAUGGCGUAUCGUACCGCAUCACACUGGCUACACCCUCCGCGAAUCCCGUCAUUUACAUUGAGACCGUCUUCACGAAGCUCCUGGAACCCUAUCCGACGCACAUUGCACAAUCUGACAAACAAUUGGUGCGAUACUUUGGUCAUUUGUACUUCUACACACCCUACAAGACGCUCACGCAGAAGACAACCGUCCAUUUGGCCUCCCGGAAUGUGGAAUCCUACACACAGGUGAAGCCAGUCUCACAAUCAGACACUAUUCUCAAUUAUGGGCCUUAUGAGAAUAUUGGGUCAUUUGUGGAGGAUGAACUGGUUGUGCACUAUGAGAAUCACUCACCCUUCCUCACUGUGACACGCCUCGAGAGAACCAUUGAGGUCUCCCACUGGGGAAAUAUUGCUGUGGAGGAAACCAUCGACAUGGUACAUUCGGGGGCAAUGCUCAAGGGCUCCUUUUCACGCUAUGACUUCCAGAAGGACACCCGAAGUGGGCAGUCGAGUGUUAAAUCCUACAAAACCAUCCUCCCGGCAUCAGCCACUGGGGUCUACUAUCGCGAUACAAAUGGAAAUAUCUCCACGUCAGCCAUGAGAAUUCUCAAGGAUUCCGUGGAGCUGGAUCUACGCCCGCGUUUCCCCCUUUUUGGCGGCUGGAAAACUCACUACACGCUCGGCUACAAUGUUCCCUCCUUUGAGUACCUCUUCUCCUCCGGGGACAACUACCUGCUGAAGAUGCGCGCCGUUGAUCACAUCUUCGACGACAUGGCCAUCGAUGAGCUCAUCGUGAAGAUCAUCCUCCCCGAGGGAAGUGGAAAUAUCAAACUUGUCACCCCGUACAGCGUCACGCGACUGCCGGACAGCCUCCACUACACCUACCUAGAUACUUUCGGGCGUCCCGUGGUCACCUUCACGAAGCGCAAUCUCGUGGAGAAUCACAUCAGUGAUCUCAAUCUCAAGUACACCUUCUCGCGCAUUAUGAUGCUGCAGGAACCCCUCCUUGUGGUGGGCUUCUUCAUGGUUCUCUUUGUCCUCGUCAUCAUCUGGAUGCGCCUGGACUUUUCCAUUUCACGCGAAAAGGAUGUCCAUCAUCACAAGGAAUAAUUAAAUAAAUAAAUUCAAUCCCAGUCACACAGAUUUUCUGUGCAAAGCACCACAAGAAAUAAAAAUUGCCGGACAUUUUUCAAACAAAAAAAAUUAAACAUUCGCAUCCGGAAGCAUUUUUUUUUGUACGUUGUAAGGAAAAUCAUCCAGAAGAGAUGUUUAUACAUACAUAAUAAUAAGAUCAAUAAAGACGUGUGUGUGAGGA